AUGAAAAAGAAGAAAAAGGAUAUUGAUACUAGCCAAGAACGGAUACCCAAAAAGGAAAAAAAAAAUCUGAACAAACAUAAAAAUGAAAGUGAAAGUGAAAGUGAAAGCAAAAGCAUAAGUAAUAGCAUAAGCAUAAGUAAUAGCCAAUAUUCAAGCUCCCAUGAAACGGACAGAGGAAGUGAUAAGGAAAGUGAUAGAGAAAGUGGAAAAAAUAUCGAUAAAAAGGGGGUGAGGAAAAAUAGCCAUAGCACAAGUUCUGCUGAAAAUGAUAGCCAUCAAAGUGAAUUGCAAAAAUCGAUAAAAUUAAAAAAAAAAAAAAAGAAUGCACGAAAAAAAUCGUCAAAUUCUGAAACAAGUGAAGCGGAAGAAAAGUCCGUAAAGGGGGGGACAAAUGAAAGUGAGGAAGAGGAAGAAAAAUAUAAAAGUAAUAGACAUAAGAAAAAAAGUAAAAUUUCUAAUGAAAAAAAAAAAAAAUUAAGUAAUUCUGAAGGAAGUGAAAGUGAUAGUAUAAAUUAUAAAAAAGAAAAAAAAAAGGACAGAACUAAAUUAAAGAGAGGACGUAGCAGUAGUAGUGAUAGUAGCUACACUAGAGGAAGUCACGGAAAUGAAAAAAAACAUUUUAAAAAUAAAAAACAUAAUAAGCGAAGGGAUAUGAAAAGAAGUGUAUCAAACAGUUCAAAUGAUUUUAAGAAAAAAAGAAAAAAAGAUAAAAAUGAUUAUCACAGUAGAGAUCAAAUAAAAAAUAAAAAAAGGUCUUCAUCUAUUUCAUCGUCAUCUUAUGAAAGAAAAAAAAAAUAUUCCGAUUCAUUGGAGGAUUCGAGUGACUAUGGGCACAAAAUGAAAAGAGAAAAGCACAAUGCUCGAUGGAAACGGGAUAGAUAUAAACAAAAACAUAGACGCCAUAGUAGUAGUAGUAGUAGCGACCUAAGUAGAGGUCGAGAUAGAAGCAGAAGAUAUAAAAAACGAGAAAAUGAAAGAAAUAAAUAUAGUGAAGAAAAGGAGUAUGAUCCAUUUGAUGAAGAUCUAAAUAAAGAUGUAGAAAUUAAUGAAAAUUUAAUUGAAUAUGCAAAAAAAAAAAUAGCAAAUGUUACUACUGAAGAUAUAGGAAGAACAGGAGGAAUAUAUAUACCUCCUUUUAAAUUAGAAAGAUUACAAAAUGAAAUAAAAAAUAAAAAAAGUAGUGCAUAUCAAAAAAGUGAAUGGAUGAAAUUAAAAAAAAAAAUAAAUAAUAUUGUUAAUAAAGUAAAUAUAGAUAAUAUUGGAGAAAUAUGUUAUGAAUUAUUUGAAUGUAAUUUGAUAAGAGGAAAAGGAAUAUUUAGUCGUGCUAUAUUACAUGCACAAUUAAGUUCACCAGCAUUUACAAAUGUUUUUACAUGUCUCUUAUGUAUUGUUAAUUCAAAAUUUCCAAACAUAGGAUUAUUAACAAUACAUAGAACUAUAUUACAUUUUCGUAGAGCUUAUAAAAGAUGUGACAAAAUUGCAUGUUUUAAUAGUGUUAAAUUUAUAGCACAUAUGAUAAAUCAAAGAGUUCUUAAUGAAAUAGUAGGACUUCAACUAUGUUCUUUAUUAUUACAAAAUAUAACCAAUGAUUCUGUUCAGGUAUGUACAUAUUUUUUAGCUGAAGUAGGGCAAUUAUAUAUGAAUAUAUGUAGAAGUGGAUUAGAUAUUAUUUUUGAUAGAUUAAAAGAUAUUAUACAAGAAGGAAAUAUAAAUGUUAAAACGCAAUAUGAUAUUGAAAAGUUAUGGAAUUAUAGAAAAAACUACUUUAAAGAUUUUCCUACAGUUGUAGAAGAUUUAGAUAUAAUUGGUGAAGACGAUAAAAUAGUUCAUGAAAUAGAUUUACUUGAUGAAACAAUUAAUAAUCAAGAAGAAUUAAAUAUUUUUAGAGAAGUCCCAUAUGAACAAUAUGAGAAAGAAGAUCAAGAAUGGGCCGAUAUAUCAAGAGAACUAUUAGAUGAUGAUGAUAAUUCCAGAAGUAAACGAAAAAAUAAAAAAGGAAGUGAUAGUGAUGGAAGUAGUGAUAGCAGCAAAAGUGAAAGCUACACUGAUGAUAGUAGUACGGAUUCAGAAAAUGAUAGCAAUUCUGGAAACAAUAACACAAGUGAUGAAUCAAAUGAUGAGGAAGAUGAUAAUAAAGAAGAAAUACAUGAUAUGACAGAACAAUAUUUAAUUAACUUAAGAAAAAAUAUAUAUUUAUCAAUUAUGUCAUCUUUAAGUUUUGAAGAAUGUGUACAUAAAUUAUUAAAAUUAACAAUUAAAAGUGGAUAUGAAAUAGAAAUUUGUAAUAUGCUUAUUGAUUGUUGUUGUAUGGAAAAAACUUUUCAAAAAUUUUAUGCAUUACAAGCUGAAAGAUUAUGUAAAUUAAAAACUAUUUAUCAAGAAAAUUUUGAAAAAUGUUUUGAAAAUUCAUAUAAUACAGCUCAUAGAUUAGAAACAGCUAAAUUACGAAAUUGCUCAAAAUUUUUUGCACAUCUAUUAUAUACAGAUGCUAUAUCAUGGAGAGUAUUUACUUUAAUCAAAUUAACUGAAGAAGAUACUACAUCAUCAACAAGAAUUUUUAUUAAAAUUUUAUUACAAGAGUUAACAAAUAAUAUGGGAAUUAAAACAUUCUAUUUUAAAAUUAAUCAUCCUGCAAUAUCCCCAUUUUUAUCUGGCUUAUUUCCAUCGAACAAUUCUCAAAAUAUCCGAUUUAGUAUCAACUUUUUUACAGCCAUUGGAUUGGGUGCACUAACAAGUUCGAUGAGGAAAUUGCUCUCGGCCGAGGGCCAAUAA